CAUGUAAUGGGGAUAGUAGCUAUCCUCAUUUUCAAUUACAACUUCCACUUGGGAAAAUAGACCAAUAUAUAUACAUAUAUAAUUCAAAUAAUUGAGCAGCUCAAGGAAUUGAAUAAGCAAAACAAUUAAAAAGAAGAGAGAAAGAAAGCUAAGCGGAAUCUAUUGGUUUUGUUUGUUUGUUUGUUUGUUUUCAUUGAAUGGAUGAGUCGCCGCCGGAAGUGGUGAACUUUGGGAAAUCUCUGUUAGUUCCAAGUGUUCAAGAGCUUGCCAACGAGCACCUUACUAAUAUUCCGGCAAGGUAUGUCCGUCCUGAACAAGAAUCUCCGGCCGUAUCCGAUGGAACGGUGGGUCCUACAGUCCCCGUUAUCGAUCUGAAAAAGUUAGUAUCUGGUGAUUCCAUGGAUUCUGAGCUUCAAAAACUUCACUCGGCUUGCCAACACUGGGGUUUCCUCCAGAAGGGACUUGUAUUCAUUUUCUCAGGAAUGAAGCGUAAUAUCACACUUAUAAACCAUGGAGUGACACCUUCAAUACUGGAGAACUUCAAGAGAGAGGUUAUCGAAUUGUUCAAACUCCCAAUGGAAGAAAAGAAGAAGCUAUGGCAACAGGAAGACAACCAUGAAGGAUUUGGGCAGCUCUUUGUUGUAUCAGAGGAGCAGAAACUUGAUUGGAGUGAUAUGUUUUAUAUAACUACUCUUCCCCCUCAUAUCCGGCAAAUGGACUUGUUCCAAAAAUUGCCUUCAAACCUCAGGGAUAUCAUGGAAGCAUACUGCAGUGAAAUCAAGAGCCUAGCAAUGAUCAUCCUAUGUCAGUUGACAAAGGCUCUAAGGAUGGAUGAAAAGGAAAUGAGAGAGCUAUUCAGCGACGGUGUGCAGUCAAUAAGGAUGAAUUAUUAUCCUCCUUGCCCUGAGCCAGACAAAACUAUUGGCUUCAGCCCUCAUUCUGAUGCUGAUGCUCUCACAAUCCUUUUCCAGCUAAAUGAAACUGAAGGCCUCCAAGUUCAAAAAGACGGCAUUUGGGUGCCUAUAAAACCCCUCCCAAAUGCUUUAAUUGUGAAUAUUGGCGAUAUUAUGGAGAUAGUGAGCAAUGGUGUUUAUAGGAGCAUUGAGCACAGAGCAGUUGUAAACUCAAACAAAGAGAGGCUAUCUGUUGCAACAUUCUACAGCUCCAACCUUGACUCGGAAUUGGGACCUGCACGCAGCCUCAUUGGACCAAGUAGUCCAGCAAUUUUCCGAAGAGUUCCCGUGGAAAAAUAUUUCAAGGAUUUUUUUGCACGAAAACUUGAUGGAAAAUCGUACAUUGAUUUCAUGAAGGAAGAGGCAAGGGAUGGCGAAUCCUAGGUAGCAGUUGAUACUUUAGUUGGUUAUUAGCUUAUCUAUAUCCAGUGAAAUAUUCUUACAAGUUACUCUUGCUAUUGUAAUUUGGAGUUCCACUGUUUGAUAACAGUAAUAAAGAAGAAGAAAAAUAUUGUACUCUCUGUUUCAUUAUA